CACCAUGUCGCUCCUUCGAUACUCGGCGUCUCGUCUGGCCACGCCUCUCCUGCGUGCGCCCGCCGCCGUCCGGUCGCUCAGCACGACGCGGGUGGCCAGGGACGUGCAGACGCCCGCGGCUGUGUCCUCGUCCGAGCAGCGCGACAUUAUCAAGGAGCAGCAGGAGAGGCAGCACACUGCCGUCCUGGCGGACGUCGUCAACGAUGCUCCCCCGGAGCUGCACCAGCGACAGGUGCGCAUCUUCAAGCCGGCCAAGACAGCCAACUCGUCCGGAAAGGCCGGCACCGCCUACUGGCGCGUCGACUUUGACAUUCUCCAGGGCAGUGGUCGCUGGGAGAACCCGCUGAUGGGCUGGGCCAGCUCGGCCGACUACAUGCAGGGCACUUACCUCAAGUUCCGCACAAAGGACGAUGCCAUUCACUUUUGCGAGAAGCAAAACUGGCCUUACUUUGUCCAGGAGCCCCACAAGGCCCGGAUCCCUCCCAAGAGCUACGCUGCAAACUACGACCACGUCCCCGGCAAGCUCCGCAUUCACCACACCAAGUAGAGACAGAGUCGCUGGGGAUUGCGAUUUGAGAUUUGUCUAUAGCACAGUGUAUAAUUCACGCAGCCUCGAGCAGCUUGACACCAGCCUCAAAGGUGCCCAGGAAGACGGCGCCGCCCAGGCCGAUCCAGAGGGUGCGGGGCACAAAGCCAGAAAAGAGGGCCGCUGGACCCUCGUUUCGAAAGAUGUGCGUCAAGGUGGGGAUGAUUUUGGUGUUGACGCCCGUUGGACUGGAGAGGGGUUCGGCUGGCGCGACAUUGUGUGCGCGCUGUGUCGUCAGUCAAUCUUUGUCAGCUCCGCCUU